AUGCCUCGUGAAAUCAUCACCAUCCAAGCAGGCCAGUGCGGGAAUGCCAUCGGAGCCAGGUUCUGGCAGCAAUUGUGUCAAGAGCAUGGUAUCAGUAGUGACGGAAAUCUCGAAGAUUUCGCGACCGAAGGUGGUGACCGCAAAGACGUCUUCUUCUACCAGAGUGAUGACACCCGUUACAUCCCCCGUGCGAUCCUCAUUGACCUUGAACCUCGGGUCAUCAACAGCAUCCAAAGUGGCCCGUAUAAGAAUAUUUACAACCCUGAGAAUGUCUUCAUUGGGGAGCAUGGGAUGGGGGCAGGAAACAACUGGGCCGCCGGAUAUGCUGCCGGGGAGAGGGUACAAGAGGAGAUAUUUGACAUGAUCGAUCGAGAGGCAGAUGGCAGCGAUUCAUUGGAGGGAUUCAUGCUCCUGCACUCGAUCGCUGGCGGUACCGGUUCCGGUCUGGGUUCCUAUCUCCUCGAGCGGAUGAAUGACCGUUUCCCCAAGAAGAUCAUUCAAACAUAUUCGGUGUUUCCCGAUACUGCUAUUGGAGACGUGGUGGUGAAUCCAUACAACAGUCUGCUCACUAUGCGGCGUUUGACUCAGAAUGCUGACUCGGUGGUGGUCCUCGACAACGGCGCUCUAUCGCGGAUAGCAUCUGAAAGACUACAUGUGCAGGAGCCAUCAUUCCAGCAAACGAAUCAAUUGGUGUCGACAGUCAUGUCGGCUUCUACGACCACACUCAGAUAUCCCGGAUACAUGCACAAUGAUCUUGUGGGAAUCAUCGCCUCCCUGAUUCCGACCCCGCGAUGCCACUUCCUCAUGACCGCUUACACUCCAUUCACUGGCGACAAUGUGGACCAGGCCAAGACGGUGCGGAAGACCACAGUUCUUGACGUGAUGCGACGCCUUCUUCAACCGAAGAAUCGAAUGGUCUCCAUCACCCCUUCCAAGUCGUCUUGUUACAUCUCCAUUUUGAACAUCAUCCAAGGCGAAGCUGAUCCAACGGAUGUCCACAAAUCGCUCCUCCGGAUUCGGGAGCGCCGAAUGGCCAAUUUCAUUCCUUGGGGUCCCGCUUCAAUUCAAGUGGCCUUGACCAAGAAAUCCCCAUAUCUGCAGAAUACCCACCGCGUAUCAGGACUCAUGCUGGCGAACCACACGAGUGUGUCAACGCUUUUCAGAAGGAUUGUUGUCCAGUACGAAAAAAUGAGAAAGCGAAAUGCCUAUUUGGAGCAGUACAAGAAGGAAGCCCCAUUCGCGGAAGGCUUGGGCGAAUUUGACGAAGCCAAAGAGGUCGUGACGGGACUCAUUGGUGAAUAUGAGGCUGCUGAAAAGGACGAUUAUCUCGAUCCGGACGCUGGAGAAAAGAAAGCAGAUGCUACUUGA